CCAGCUCCCGGUUCCUGUAAACCCCGGGCAGCCCAGGCAACCUUGCGGACUCUACCUUUCCACUACCUUCGCCAGACGUCCCUCCACUGGAUUCGCGCCUGCAGAGAUGGCUGCCCAGUGUGUCACCAAGGUGGAGCUGAAUGUUUCCUGUGACAAUCUCUUGGAUAAAGAUGUAGCCUCAAAGUCAGACCCUUUGUGUGUGUUAUUUUUAAACACAAGUGGACAUCAGUGGUAUGAGGUUGAACGUACAGAGAGAAUUAAGAAUUGUCUGAGUCCCAAGUUUUCCAAGACAUUUAUUAUUGAUUACUACUUUGAAGUGGUUCAGAAAUUGAAAUUUGGAAUUUAUGACAUCGACAACAAAACCAUUGAGUUGAGUGAUGAUGACUUCCUAGGAGAAUGUGAAUGUACCCUUGGACAAAUUGUUUCCAGUAAGAGGAUAACUCGACCACUGGUACUUAAAAAUGGAAAACCUGCUGGGAAAGGGAGUAUUACGAUUUCAGCAGAAGAAAUAAAGGAUAAUAGAGUGGUCUUAUUUGAAAUGGAAGCCAGAAAACUGGAUAAUAAGGAUCUUUUUGGAAAGUCAGAUCCAUACCUGGAAUUUCACAAGCAGACAUCAGAUGGAAACUGGCUAAUGGUUCAUCGAACAGAGGUUAUUAAGAAUAACUUGAAUCCUGUUUGGAAGCCUUUUAAAGUCUCUCUUAACUCCCUGUGCUAUGGAGAUAUGGACAAAAUCAUUAAGGUAGAGUGUUAUGAUUAUGACAAUGAUGGAUCACAUGAUCUUAUUGGAACAUUUCAAACUACCAUGACAAAACUGAAAGAAGCUUCCAGGAAUUCACCUAUUGAAUAUGAAUGCAUAAAUGAAAAGAAGAGACAAAAGAAAAAAAGCUAUAAGAAUUCAGGUGUUAUUAUUGUGAAACUCUGUGAGGUUGGUUGGCUUUUGUCACUUAUAACCAGUGAUAAAAUGUUUCCAGCUUUUGGUUUUGGAGCUCAGAUACCUCCUCAGUGGCAGGUAUCCCAUGAAUUUCCAAUAAACUUUAAUCCAGCCAAUCCCUACGUAAUGCAAUAUUUUGUGCUCUUGAUCAUUACUGAUGGUGUGAUCACAGACCUUGAUGAAACCAGACAAGCUAUAGUUAAUGCUGCCAAGCUGCCUAUGUCCAUCAUCAUUGUUGGAGUUGGAGGAGCUGACUUCAGUGCCAUGGAAUUUCUGGAUGGUGAUGGAGGAAGUCUCCGUUCCCCAUCUGGCGAGGUGGCCAUCAGAGAUAUUGUUCAAUUUGUACCUUUCAGACAAUUCCAGAAUGCUCCUAAAGAAGCCCUGGCUCAGUGUGUCUUGGCGGAGAUUCCCCAGCAGGUGGUGGGCUACUUCAACACAUACAAACUCCUUCCUCCCAAGAACCCAGCGACAAAAUAACUAGAGCCACAAUCACAGCCAAGGGAACUCCUCUGCCUCCUCUGUGAGAAGCGAUGCCAUCAUGUACACACAACCAUGAAUCUGCCACGUUGUGUACUCCUCACUCCCAGCGUUUAGGAUGCAGAUGUUGUGGGGUUUUAGUUUUAUUUUUUGAAGAUUCUUUUUAAAGCAUAGUUUUUGUGCUUUUUGAAGCAGCCAGUGCCAAGUCCAACUUUACCCAACCAAUUCAGCAACUGCAGAUGAUUUACAGUAAUUGUACUGAAGCCAUUUGGAUUGGAACUUAGUAUAGGGAAAGCUGGUUUUUGUUGUUUUGUUGUUUACUACCCUGUGGUGAAAAUGUCAUGUUUUAAUGUUUGCCAUUAGAAAGAAUGGGCGAUUGUUAAGAUGAUAUACUUUUUGCAGCUUGCUGGGCUUUGCAGUAAACGUUUCACAAUCAAUGUCCAGGUCAUUGACUGAGCAAGCUUCUUAAAUUAGACCAUCCUGACUUUGCUUUGAUAGUCCUAUCUUCAGUCCUUCCUCUGGGGUUCAAACUACGUGGUAUACUUUUGCUGCAUGUAGUCUACAUGUAGUCUCACGGGACCACAGGGAACGAAAACAUGUACUCAAUGUUUGAAAUGCACAGUUAAUAAGUAGGGAGCUUCUCAUGCCUUUUUAGGUUUCUGUUGUCAUUGUGGAGCACUGUAAGCGUGCUGAAUGAGACACUCAGGAUUCUGUAGAAGCAUAGAUCUUAAACUGUCCCAGAUUCAACAUCACUAGAUUAUUUUAAUUUGAGUUUAUUAAAUGGUUAGUAUCUGUUUCUAGGAGAGCAAAAAGGACCAAACAUAAAGGUGAAAAUUCAGAAUUCUAGUUCCUUCUGAAUAAAGAAAGAUUAAUUUAAAUAGAAAGGCUGCCAAGUAAUUUUUAUACUUCUCCUUGCUAAGGUCCCAUAUAUUAAUUUGUACAGAUUUAUUUAGACAUUUUUUCCUUUUUUUAAAGUGACAUUUUUCUGCUUUUUACCCAUUAUGCAUGCAUUAAUCAAAAUCACCUUUAGCAUCUUAAUAGCAUACAAUUUCAUAAUUCUCAGAAUUCAUCUUCCUGAGUAGCUAGGAUUACAGGCUUGAGCCACCAGUGGCUCUACUUUUUCUUUGAAGAGUAGAAUAUAUUUUCCUAACUGUACCCAUUAGGAAUAUUAUGUAUUAAAUAUUACAUUUUCAGAAUAGAUUCAGUAACCUUUGAUUAAGGAACUGGGUGCCAAGGACUGUGCAUAUCUAUAUCUAUAUGUUGUCCCCUAUGAGAACAUUUAAAAUUGUGUGCUUAUCCCGUGUCCCUGAGUGGAUGCCCAGAGCAGCCGUGUGAUUAGACUCUCCACAUUAUUGGAGAUCUGCUGCACAGCCUCUGCCUCUUCUCUCUACAGCAUGUGAAGGAAGUAAGCAGUCUGCCACUAACACCUUAGCUUCCUGAAAACGCUCAUAAGGUACCUACUUGCCACAGGUACUGAGCCUAGGUGGGCAGUUAACCCUUCAUACUUGGCUAUCUGGCCUCUGGGGGUGACUCUUAACCCCAAGGCCCCCACCUAAUAGGCUGCUGAUCUAUUGAAUGGCUCAUCAGCUAAUAAAUGAUUUCAAAAUUAACAACAGAAAAGAAAAGUGAGCAUUUUUUCCUUUUGUUGAGACUUCAUUGUUUCAGAUGUCCUAAUUUUGGUUCUGUGUACUUGUGAACAGAAUAGAUGAGUUGCUAUAGUUUGCCAUGUUUCCUUCUUUAAACAUAGAAAUGUGUUUAAUAAACGACUUACAUGUAUUUUCAGUGUGUGGAA